AUGGAGAAGAGCCUGAAGAACGUCCUCGUGGUGUCCUUCGGAUUUCUCCUCCUCUUCACUGCCUAUGGGGGCCUGCAGAACCUGCAGAGCAGCCUGCACAGCGAGGAGGGUCUGGGCGUGGCGGCGCUCGGCACGCUCUACGGCGCGGUGCUCCUGUCCUCCAUGGUCCUCCCGGCUGUGCUCAUCCAGAGAUGCGGCUGCAAGUGGACCAUUGCUGCCUCCAUGUGUGGCUAUGUGGCCUUCUCCCUGGGCAACUUCUACGCCAGCUGGUACACCCUGAUCCCCACCUCCGUGCUGCUGGGGCUCGGGGCAGCCCCGCUGUGGGCCGCUCAGUGCACGUACCUCACGACCAUGGGGAACGCGCACGCGGAGAAGGCCGGGAAGCUCGGCAGAGACGUGGUGAGCCAGUACUUCGGCAUCUUCUUUCUCAUAUUCCAGUCAUCCGGCGUGUGGGGCAACUUGAUCUCAUCUCUGGUAUUUGGCCAGACUCCUACUCAAGAGGCCAUCCCAGAGGAGCGGCUCACGUCCUGCGGGGCCAGUGACUGCCUGAUGGCCACCGCACCCACCAACAGCACCCAGCGCCCCUCGCAGGGGCUGGUCUACACCCUGCUUGGUAUUUACACUGGGAGUGGGAUCCUGGCAAUCCUGCUGGUAGCCGUAUUUCUCGAACCCAUACAAGAUGUUCAACAGAAAAGUCAAGGAGAGAAGAAAUCACCACCUUUUUGGUCCACCUUACUGUCAACUUUCAAGCUCUUUAGAGAUAAACGUCUAUGUCUCCUGACUCUGCUGCCGCUGUACAGUGGACUACAGCAAGGAUUCCUCUCUGGUGAAUACACACGGUCCUAUGCCACCUGCGCCCUGGGCAUCCAGUUUGUGGGCUACGUGAUGAUCUGCUUCUCAGCCACCAACUCGCUGUGCUCCGCGCUGUACGGAAAGAUCUCCCAGUACACGGGCAGGAUCGCGCUCUACACGCUGGGCGCCACCACCCAGCUGUCCUGCCUCAUCGCGCUGCUGCUGUGGAGACCUCACCCGGGCCAGCUGGCUGUGUUCUUCGUGUUUUCGGGCCUCUGGGGCGUGGCCGACGCCGUCUGGCAGACGCAGAACAACGAGAUGGGUUUUAGUGGGAUGUCCUUCGUGGGCCUUGUCCACGGCACAUCCACACUCGGUGUUGCCAAACGUGCUUCCGCUGCCAAGAAGGCUCACCCGCGAGUUCGGGGCCUUCGCGCGAGGCGCGAGGUCCACUGCCGCCCCGUCCUGUGCAGCUCCGCAGGGCCAUGCCAACCUCCCCUUGCGGAUGUCACCUCCUUCUCUGACGGUCAGAACCCUGGUUCCGACUAUAUAAAACCCACUUACGCUCUUGUUCGGUCCUAG